AUGGCAGCAGACCCAGAAAAGAAUGAGGGCGGUGCCGUAACUCAAACACAUCUUGGCACAGCCGACCCGGACAAGAAAGCAGACACCGACGAAAAUACUGCAUCGGUGGGCCGCGGCGACAGCGACUCAGAUUCUCACCACGCCGCAGACAGCCACGGCGAGGUUGACGAGAAAUCCCGCCACUCCAUCGGUCAAGACGAAGAAGACGACGACGAUGAAGAACAUAGCCAGCAUCACGACCCAGAACCCGAAGGACCAGAGGGCCUCAAUACCGGCUUCCCCCCGGACACGGAAGGCGGCGUGAGCAGGUCCCACUCCCGGGCGUCAUCGGCACGGUCACGGCCCCUGAUCGUCGUGCCCCGGAAGGAGAGGAGAGGCCUCUUUGCCCAACUCGCACUCAUCCCGGAGGUAGAACGCCCGUAUGACUAUUCCCGAAAAACAAAAUGGACCAUCACCACGAUUGUGGCCGUGGCUGCUGCCGGUGGUCCUAUCGGGUCUAACAUUUUCUACCCCGCCUUGUCGGACAUGGCCGAGUACUUUCACACCUCCGAGACUAUAGUGAACUUGAAUGUGGCAUUUUACAUGCUCUCAAUGUCCAUCUUCCCGCUGUGGUGGUCAUCCUUCUCCGAGACACUUGGUCGGAGGACAAUAUACGUCAUCUCCUUCAGCCUGUUCGUCGUCUUCAGCGUCCUGAGCGCAAUCAGCACCAACAUCGCCAUGCUGAUCGUCUUCCGCGUCCUCGGCGGCGGCGCUGCAGCCUCGGUUCAGGCCGUUGGCGCAGGGACUAUCGCUGAUCUCUGGGAGCCCUUCGAGCGAGGCCGGGCUAUGGGAACAUUCUACCUCGGCCCCCUCGCCGGCCCGCUCUUUGCGCCCAUCGUGGGAGGCGCCCUCGCGCAGGGCUUCGGCUGGCAGAGCACCAUGUGGUUCCUGACCUGCUUCGGCGGCGUCAACUUCCUUAGCAUAGUCUUCUUCCUGCCCGAGACGCUAGCCCGGCGCAAGCCAGCCGCAGCAGCCGCGGGCACCACCACCGCCACCGACAACAACAACAACAAUCUCGACAGGACAACCUCCCUAGCCCGCAUGUCGACGCGGCAGUCCGUAGCCGUCAAGACCAAGCGCGGCGCCGCGCUGCUGCGCAAGGCCUUCAUCGACCCGCUGUCCUGCAUCCUGUACCUGCGGUUCCCGCCGGUGGCGCUGACGGUGGGGUUCGCGGCGAUCGCGUUCGGGGCGCUGUUCGUGCUCAACAUCUCGGUGCAGAGCACCUUCGCGGCGCCGCCGUACGGCUUCUCCGUCGUCGUCGUCGGCCUGCUGUACAUCCCCAGCUCGCUCGGCUACUUCAUCUCGUCGCUGUUCGGCGGCAAGUGGGUCGACAGCAUCAUGCUGCGCGAGGCCGAGAAGGCCGGGCGGUACGACGAGCACGGGAGGCUCGUCUUCCUGCCUGAGGACCGCCUGCGCGAGAACGCGUGGCUUGCUGCUAGUAUGUAUCCUGCUGCGAUGCUGUGGUUUGGGUGGUGUGCGGAUAAGGGCGUCUUCUGGCUUGCGCCUAUGGUGGCCAACUUCUUCUUUGGGUUUGCGACUAUGCUUGUUUUUGGUGCUGCGACUACAAUGUUGACUGAGUUCAUGCCUAAGAGAAGCUCCAGCGGUGUCGCGCUGAAUAAUUUCAUCCGGAAUAUUUUCAGCUGCGUGGGCGUGGUUGUCACGGAGCCGUUGAUCGGUGUUAUGGGUGUGGGGUGGCUGUGUACCAUGGUGGCGCUAUUUGCGUGGAUUACUGGGAAUUUGUGCAUAUGGCUCUUGUUGAGGAAUGGGUCUAAGUGGAGGAAGCUGAUGGACGAGAAGAUGGGGGAUGUGAGGUGA